AUGAAACUUAAAAUUGCAUGUGUUCAGACAAAUCCUAUAAUUGGACAAGUAGAAAGGAACAUUAACAGAAUACGAGAUCUUCUAGCUAAUGUCCCAAAAGUUGAUUUCGUAGUCUUACCUGAGCUAGCAAUCACAGGUUACAAUUUUCCAAACAGAGAAGCUAUUCAACCUUUUUUGGAAUCUAGUGUGAAUGGAAAGUCGGUAAAGCUUGCUGAAGAGAUAUCAAAAAGAUACCAAUGCUUUACAUUGAUAGGAUAUCCUGAGAUCUUUGAAGAUCGAAUAUACAAUUCUGCUGCAUUAGUUAGUCCGAGUGGAUCCUUAUUGUACAACUAUAGAAAAACAUUUUUAUAUGAAACGGAUGAGGAAUGGGGAUGUGAUGAGAACCCUGAUAAGCUGUUUUCCCCCAUAGAAUUGAUAAUUGAUAAAGAGUACUAUAUUGAUAGGCAACCUGGGAAACCUUACUCCAAGGUAGUAACAAGCAUUGGAAUAUGUAUGGACUUAAAUCCUUAUAAAUUUGAGGCCCCAUUUAAUAAAUUUGAGAUGUCUUUGUCUAGCUUCUUGAACCGCUCUAAGCUAAUUAUUUGUCCAAUGGCUUGGCUAUCUCCCCAGUCUCCUUCGAUAGAUGAGAAGCUUCUGAAAGAAGAAAAACAAAAAAAAGCAGAGAUAAUUUCAGAUAAGUAUUAUAGAGAGAAUAAGCCACACCUCAAUCUUCUGUCCACUCAAAACGAUAAUGCUUUUGUUUCAGAGCCAGAAAAUACUAUUUUGCCAAAAGUGCCGAGCUUCUCUACAGUACAUUAUUGGAUAUUAAGAUUUUUCCCCUUUUUGAAUCACCCCAGCAAUGACUUACCUAAAUAUUACGAUAAGGUAACCCUCAUUACAUGCAAUCGAGUAGGAAUAGAAAGAGAUGUCAUGUAUGGUGGGUCGUCAUCUAUCAUACAAUUUAAAAAUGUUCGAGGUACUGCAGACUUAAAUAAUAGGAACCCAAGUGUUCAAAUUUUAGGUAGUCUUGGACAAGUGGAGGAAGGCGUGUUAUUAAGAGAUAUUGAUGUUGAGACUCAAGCCUAA